AUCAAAACCGGACCUGAGGUAUUUCGGUAAUUUAAAAGAUUGGGGUUGUGCGAAGUGCAAAGAACAGCAUCUCAGCGGCGCAGUCAUUACCCAAUAUCUUCUUCUGGAAGAGUAAUCAAAGAUUAAAGGAGCCCUUUUCACAACUAUACAAGCUCACCCAGGUUGUAAGCUUCUGUGUAGUUGUGUAGAGCUCUCUUUCCAUCCUCUUUAAGAUUCUCUGCUUUCAGUUUUUUGAGGAAGAGCAAACAUGUCGCGGAAAGGUUUGAUGGAGCAGGAUUUGAGCAAGCUGGAUGUGACAACAUUACAUCCUCUCUCACCUGAAGUUAUAUCUCGACAGGCUACAAUAAAUAUUGGCACUAUUGGCCAUGUGGCACAUGGAAAAUCAACUGUUGUAAAAGCCAUAUCUGGUGUGCAGACUGUACGUUUCAAAAAUGAGUUGGAACGUAACAUCACAAUCAAGCUUGGGUAUGCAAAUGCAAAAAUAUAUAAAUGUGAAGAUGACCGCUGUCCUCGACCAAUGUGUUACAAGGCAUAUGGAAGUGGAAAAGAAGAUGCUCCUAUGUGUGAUGUACCGGGCUUUGAGAAUGCCAGGAUGAAACUACUGAGACAUGUCUCCUUUGUUGACUGCCCAGGGCAUGAUAUCCUCAUGGCUACAAUGCUUAAUGGUGCGGCAAUUAUGGACGGAGCGUUGCUUCUCAUAGCCGCUAAUGAAAGUUGUCCCCAGCCUCAGACUUCUGAGCAUUUGGCUGCUAUCGAAAUUAUGCGCCUUCAACAUAUAAUAAUUCUUCAAAAUAAGGUUGAUUUGAUACAGGAAAAUGUUGCCAUUAAUCAGCAUGAGGCCAUUCAGAAAUUUAUUCAGGGAACCGUUGCAGAUAAUGCUCCCGUGAUACCAGUAUCUGCACAGCUGAAAUAUAACAUAGAUGCAGUUUGUGAGUAUAUUGUAAAAAAGAUACCUAUUCCAGAGAGAAACUUCAUCUCGCCACCAAAUAUGAUAGUGAUCCGUUCAUUUGAUGUUAACAAGCCUGGCUCUGAAGUUGAUGAUAUUAGAGGUGGUGUUGCUGGUGGGAGUAUUCUCAAGGGGGUUUUAAGGGUGAACCAAAACAUAGAGGUUCGUCCUGGGAUUGUUGUCAAAGAUGAAAGUGGCAAUAUCAAGUGCACCCCAAUCUACUCUAGAAUAGUUUCAUUAUAUGCUGAACAAAAUGAACUACAAUUUGCCGUGCCAGGAGGCCUCAUCGGUGUUGGUACAACCAUGGAUCCAACUUUAACUCGAGCUGAUCGAUUGGUUGGACAGGUUCUUGGGGAAGUUGGAUCACUUCCUGAGGUGUAUGUUGAACUAGAGGUAAACUUCUUCUUGCUACGGCGUCUUCUGGGUGUAAGGACAAAGGGCACUGAGAGGCAGGGCAAGGUUGCUAAACUGACGAAGGCUGAGAUACUUAUGUUAAAUAUUGGAUCCAUGUCAACUGGUGCUCGAGUUGUUGCUGUGAAGAACGACUUGGCGAAAUUGCAACUAACUUCUCCAGUGUGCACCAGCAAAGGUGAAAAAAUUGCAUUGAGUCGAAGGGUUGAGAAGCACUGGCGUCUUAUUGGCUGGGGGCAAAUUCAAGCUGGCACAACUCUUGACAUCCCUCCCUUCCCCACAUUUUGAGUAAACCUGUGAAACAGUUUCCUUUCCAUUUCCCUCUUAGUGGGAGUAUUUUGUACACACUGCUAAUUCUUUGGUUGUGUCGAGCUUUAACAAUUUGGCAAUGAGUUUCUGGUUGUUAUCUCAUAUCCAACUCCAUUUCCUCACAUUUUUUUGCCUAGAACUUCCAGUUUUACAAUAUAUACUUUGGAUUUGGUUAGUUUUA